AUGCAGAAGUUACUUGUGUUUGCCUCCUUUCUGGUCCUGAUGACCACUUUUACAGACACUUCACCAAUUUUGACUGAAAAAGAUGCCAAACAGCUUCUGAGAACUCGUCGUGAAGGCAGACCAAGAAAAGCUGGUUUCCCUGAUGAACCAAUGAGGGAAUAUAUGCUUUACCUCCAGCGUCUGGAGCAGAGGUCAGAAGAACAAUUCCUUGAGCACUGGUUGAAUCCAUACUGCAUCCCCCACUGCAACAGGGAUUUAGUGCAUCCAGUCUAA